CCGGGAAGCGUUUCAGCUCCUUCCCUGAGGCCGGCUCUCGUCCCGUCAGGCGCCGCGCGGGGUUAGCGCGAGGUCAGCGGAGGUCAGCGGGGGUCAGCAGCGGCGGCUCCGAGGUCGCGGCGGUCGCAGGUAGGCCGCAGGCUAUGCGGUGGGGCGCGAGGCCCGAGGGGCGGCCCAGAGCUCGAGGUGGGACGCAGGUGUGACAGGAACCAGCUUUAGCUGCUUGUCGGCGAGCCUCCAACCUGGCGGCCGCGGCCUGGGGCGGCCGUAGCCGGGGCCCCCGACGCGGGUUCUUCCUCCGCAGGAGUCGUUCCCUGCCCGCCGCGCGCCGCCUCCGGGAGCAGCCGGGCCGCUGCUCACCCGCCCUGUAGUCCGCUCCCCGCAGGCCGUCCCCGUUUUAAGAAAUGGGUUGAUGGGGCGUCCCUGGGGAGCUCCUGGGGAGCGCGCCGGCGGCUCGCUGCUCCCGGGUGGGGCGCGGGGGCCCAGGCGGGGCUGCAGCGAGUGUGUUCCCCGUUCCGCGCGCGUGAAGCGCGGGAGCGAAACCUCGGGGGAGGGCGGGAGCGCAGCGGAGCUCGCCGUGAACACCUGGCUGGGUGGUCCCGCGAGCAGGGGAGGGACCGGAGCCGCUGUGGAUUCGGAAAGAUCGCAGUCAUUGCUGUGAGCGGAAGGACGGAGUGGCGGCCGGCCUGGGAGGAGUUACCGGGGCAGGAUGUACACGCUGCUGUCGGGCUUGUACAAGUACAUGUUUCAGAAGGACGAGUACUGCAUCCUGAUCCUGGGCCUGGACAAUGCUGGGAAGACGACCUUCCUGGAGCAGUCAAAAACCCGGUUUAACAAGAACUACAAGGGAAUGAGUCUAUCCAAAAUCACCACCACCGUGGGUCUAAACAUUGGCACUGUGGAUGUGGGAAAGGCUCGGCUCAUGUUCUGGGACUUAGGAGGGCAGGAAGAGCUGCAGUCUUUGUGGGACAAGUAUUAUGCGGAGUGUCACGGCGUCAUCUACGUCAUUGACUCCACCGACGAGGAGAGGCUGGCCGAGUCCAAGCAGGCGUUUGAGAAGGUGGUGACCAGCGAGGCGCUGUGCGGUGUCCCCAUCUUGGUGCUGGCCAACAAGCAGGAUGUGGAGACGUGCCUCUCAAUCCCUGACAUCAAGACGGCCUUCAGCGACUGCACCAGCAAGAUCGGCAGGCGGGAUUGCCUGACCCAGGCCUGCUCGGCCCUCACGGGCAAAGGGGUGCGCGAGGGCAUCGAGUGGAUGGUGAAGUGUGUCGUGCGGAACGUGCACCGGCCGCCGCGGCAGAGAGACAUCACGUAGGCGCGGCCGCGCUGCCGUCAGGACAGCUGGUCCCUGGUGCUGGAGGAGUGGCCUGUUGGCUCCCAUGCUGCUGAUCCGGGGGGGGGGUUUGCUUUGCUUUGGGGUUCUUCCACUUCCUUUGUUUUCUCGAAGACAAACUUUCCUCUACGUCUGGAAAAGUGUAGGCAUCUGGAGGUUUUGGAGGGGAGUCUGGCCGCCCGGCUGGCGCCCUCUGGAGGCAGCCUUUCCAUGGGGCACAGUGGUGGCCUUUCUGGGCCCUGUCUGGGGGGGUCUGAGGGAGACUUGGUUGGGAGUUGGGGCUCCAGUGCUCAGGCUGGCUUGGACUGCCUGGGGACAGCCCUGUGGGGCCUUUGGGAGAUUCCGUGGCUGCAUGUCCACCCCAUCGAGGAGGAGGCCAGUCCGCCAUGGCUGCCCUCUGGUUUGUGCCCCGUGACCCUGGAGGUGGUCUGGGGCUGAUCUUGCCUUGAGGAAGACCCAGGCCACGUCCGCAAAGGCCAGCGGGGGCCCUGGAUUCUGAUGCAGCCUCGGGACGGAGCCGAGGAGGCCUGGGAGGGAAGACAUACACUCCACACCUGGGCCUGGCUUCGCCUCAUCCCAAUCCCCUGGGAGGGAGCUGACCGAGCACCAAAAGCCGAGGGGGACUCUGCUGGGAGUGGCUGUUUUUGUGCCCCAGCCCUGCAAGUUGGGGAGUGUUUGUGAGGGUCCAGAGCCCUCUCCCAGCCAGGAGAGAACCUCCUGGAGGAGUUCUCUGGGGGGCCCUGUGCCAGUGCUGUGCUGGGCCUGCGUCCCCUGCUUGGGAGUGAGGCUGAUCCUGGGGCCCUCCCUGCACACCCCCACUGGGCCUGCCGAGGGCUCUGUUCUUCCUCAGUGUGGCUGUGGGCAGGAGCCGCCUGCCCAGUGCUGCCCAGGGUGAGUGCAGAAUAAAGACGGCAAGUGUGGUCCUGUCCGUCCCUUCCCUCCUGGAGUGCCGAGGCUUGGCUCCUGGCUGUUGGUGACGGGGUGGCACGGGGCUGGUGGGCAGGUGAGGGGCUCCCCAGGUGGGUCUGGAGCCUGGAGAGUCCAGACACUCCCUUCCUGCGGAUGUGGGAAGGACGUGGGGGGCCUAGGAGGAGCUGCUGGGAAGGGCCAUGAGUCAGGGUGGGGGUGGCGCGGCAGCUGCGGGGCUGUGACUCACGGGAGUCGGGCCCUGGAAGUCCCCAUGGCGUCUCCAGGGGACCCUGUGUGUGUUUUGCAGGUUGGUUCCCAGGACCUAGGGGGUGGGGCCUCUAGCCACGGGAAACUGGCCACGCAGGGGAGUGUGGCCGGGGCAGGCCCCCAGUUGCUCUGGAUGCAUCUGAAGGCUUCAGAGCCUGCCCCAAAGGGGAAAAGCUGCACUUCCCAGGAAGCACGGGCGGCUGGGGGAGGCCUUUGGCAGGUCUCCUCUUGGGAAAUCCCCCGUGAGUUGGGAGUGGGAGGAAUUCAAAAGAGGGGGUUAGUGUGGGGCCCCGGCGACUGGGGCUGGCCUGAGCCCCGUCCUGUUCUUCGAGCAACGGUACCCUCCCAGGCCUUGACCUGAGCUUCGGGGCCCCCGCCACGUGCCACAGCCAACGGGAGGGUAGAGGAGGCACUCCCACUGAUCCUCCCUGGGAGGGUCUGAGGUAGGGGAAGCCCCGGGCAACAGUUCUGAUGGUGGCCUGAGGGAUCUGGGCACACCGGGCGGCUCAGGUGUCCCCGGCUGCCCUCCCAGUAGCUGUGCAACUACAACCAGCUUUACGAAAAGGCUUUAUAAAAAAGCUUUAAGAAACUUCA